GACUUGCUUAAUUAACCUCUUCCCCUUCCUCUCCCCCAUUACUCUCUCUCUCUUACUCUUUCUCUCUCUAUCACUCUUUUUCUUCUUAUUCUUCUUGUUGUGAAUCGAGGGCUAGUGUGUGUGUUUUUUCUCGGGAAAAUCCGUACGUGUUGCAUUGAUGUGGCGAGAAUCCGGAUCUUGAUGUUAAUCGCCAUUCAUGUCUCCGGUGGUUAGCGAAAUCCUCCGUUCCGGGUUUAUGGUAGAUUCCUCCCUCCGACGCAGGACCCAUCUCGUUCAAUCCUUCUCCGUCGUCUUCCUCUACUGGUUCUAUGUUUUCUCAUAAAUCAUUCCCUCCUCUUCCUUCUCCUACAUUAUAAGCUAUAUACUUAUAUAUCUAUCCAUCUUCAUCGCCUGCAUCACCUUCUAUAUCGAUCUAUAUAUAAACCCCCGGGUCCUGCGUCUUCGAUAUAUCAAUAUACUUACAUAUACAAAGCUUUGAAUCGAAACAACGGUGCUUGUUUUCUUCUGGGUUUGGUUUUUAGUUCGAAUAUUUGUAUGAAUAAAUUUGAAAUGGGUUCUUCGACGACGACGAGUGGAACCUACUCGACGGUGCUGCAGAACUCUGGGUCGGAAUCGGAUCUCCGGCGACAGGAAUCGAACCUAAUCGAAGAGAGGAAGUGGAAGCGGAAGCUAUCGAACAGAGAAUCGGCCAGGAGAUCGAGGAUGAGGAAGCAGAAGCACCUCGACGAUCUCACGGCUCAAAUUGCGAAUCUACGGAAAGAGAACGGUCAGAUCAUCGCCGGAAUCACCGUCGCGACGCAGCACUACAUCGUUCUCGAGGCCGAGAAUUCCGUCCUCCGAGCUCAGCUCCUGGAGCUCAACCACCGUCUCCAGUCCCUCAACGAGAUCGUCGAAUUCAUCGACGCCGCAGGAUGCCCCGGCGGCGGAGCGGAGGCGGAUCUUCUCGAGGGAGUGGUGGUGAACACUUUGAAUCUAGGCUUCUUCAACCAGGUACCCCCGAUCAUGGCCGCCACUGCUGCUGAUAUCUUCCAUUGUCGAUGAAAAUGUUCAUCAUCAUCGUCAUCACAACGUGUGUGUAUAUUUGAAAGUAUGAUCGAUGAGACGGUGAAGUGGAGGCGCUAUUUCAGUUGCUUGUUUUAUAUUUUACUUCUUUUGUCUUUUUGUUUAGGGUUUCCAUUUUCCUUAUUUGGGUGUAUUUUGAUGCCACUAUUAGCAAAAAAAAAAAAAAAAGAAUGGAGAAGGACAGAAGGUGCCAUGUGUAAUGUAAAUUAUUAAAUACAAAUAUAUAGAUCUAUUUGCAUAA